AUGUCUGCAAGAUUUGCGGCAGUGUGCGACAUAUCGUGUGCUACUGAAAAUGACGAGCAACGAGAGCGAUGUCUGCAAGAUUUGCGGCAGUGUGCGACACAUCGUGUGGCUACUGAAAAUAACGAGCAACGAGAGCGAUGUCUGCAAGAUUUGCGGCAGUGUGCGACAUAUCGUGUAGCUACUGAAAAUAACGAGCAACGAGAGCGAUGUCUGCAAGAUUUGCGGCAGUGUGCGACACAUCGUGUAGCUACUGAAAAUAACGAGCAACGAGAGCGAUGUCUGCAAGAUUUGCGGCAGUGUGCGACAUAUCGUGUAGCUACUGAAAAUAACGAGCAACGAGAGCGAUGUCUGCAAGAUUUGCGGCAGUGUGCGACAUAUCGUGUAGCUACUGAAAAUGACGAGCAACGAGAGCGAUGUCUGCAAGAUUUGCGGCAGUGUGCGACAUAUCGUGUAGCUACUGAAAAUAACGAGCAACGAGAGCGAUGUCUGCAAGAUGUGCGGCAGUCUACUGAAAAUGACGAGCAACGAGAGCGAUGUCUGCAAGAUGUGCGGCAGUGUGCGACAUAUCGUGUAGCUACUGAAAAUGACGAGCAACGAGAGCGAUGUCUGCAAGAUGUGCGGCAGUGUACGACAUAUCGUGUGGCUACUGAAAAUGACGAGCAACGAGAGCGAUGUCUGCAAGAUUUGCGGCAGUGUGCGACAUAUCGUGUAGCUACUGAAAAUGACGAGCAACGAGAGCGAUGUCUGCAAGAUGUGCGGCAGUGUACGACAUAUCGUGUAGCUACUGAAAAUGACGAGCAACGAGAGCGAUGUCUGCAAGAUUUGCGGCAGUGUGUGACAUAUCGUGUAGCUACUGAAAAUAACGAGCAACGAGAGCGAUGUCUGCAAGAUGUGCGGCAGUGUACGACAUAUCGUGUGGCUACUGAAAAUGACGAGCAACGAGAGCGAUGUCUGCAAGAUGUGCGGCAGUGUACGACAUAA